CUCCAGGGCCUUCAACAGGGGAACCGUUGGACAGAGGGAUGACCCAGGGUCUGAUUUCCCUCUACUCUGAAAAAAACGAAUCUCGAUGAACAACUCAAAGAACCAAGCACACAAAACCAAGGAAAUCGCAAGCCCACCCCAUAUCCACCCGCAAUAUCGCAAUAACCAUAGUAGCCCUAUCAUGGUGGUCGUCAACAUGGAAGUCGUCUCAUAAACCAACGCCACAUCCUCCCGCCAAGCCAGCCACAAGCCACCCCCACAAUCAUGCCCCUGCAACUGAAAUCCAGAAUUGCACCAAAACGUUAGCCCUGACCCACAAACCGCCAGCGCACCCGCACAAACAUUCUCCACUUGGCUUCGCCUUCCCGUCCGCAACUCCACCUGUCAGCCAUCGUCAGCAACCCGAACGAGCCAAAGCGAACGGACGAACCCUUCGGCGCCGGUGAUAAAAACCGUAUCUUUUGCGUUAUCAGAACAUGGCUCCUACCAAGAAGCAGGAGACUGAGAAGACGGGGUUGGCAAAGGGUGUUAACAAGGGCACUAAAACAAUCCCCAUCAUCUCCAAACCCCGCCCCUCCCGCCGCAAGGGCGCCCAGAGCAAGCGCACCAACUUUGUCCGCAGCAUCGUCAAGGAAGUCGCCGGCCUCGCCCCUUACGAGCGUCGUGUCAUUGAACUACUCCGCAACGGCAAGGACAAGCGCGCAAGAAAGUACUCCAAGCGCAAGCUGGGCACUUACGGCAGGGCCAAGGCAAAGGUUGAUGAGUUGCAGAGGGUUAUUGCUGAGUCGAGGAGGGCUGGUCAUUAAGACUGGUAUUCUAUCUUCGAGAAUUAGGAGUUUGUGGCAACUUGGAUUCAGCAGUGGCCUGACGGUUACUAAUCUAGGCAACUAAAGGGACGCCCUUGUCUCCUUGACAAUCAAAAGACAUUGCUGGUAUUUAUCUGUACUUACCCUACUUUCAAAGACUGCAUCCAUUGAAAAUGAGCUUCAUUGUCUAGCUGGGAAAGCAUAUCUACCAAAGACCCAAAAGGCCGGGCAUAUCCCACAGUGAAUCCUACCUCGAUACAGCAAACGCCCUGAAUAAUGCAGACAAAACAACCACUUUCCUCCUCUCCCACAUAUUUUAUCAAGCAACUCACUUCUUCCCAAACUUGAAAAACUUCCCCAUCUUCUUCUUGAGCGCCUCAGGGUCAAUCUCCCUCUUCGGCUUCUCUGACCCCGCCGCCUGAGCCGACGAAGACCCCGACGGUCCAGCCUCACUACCACCCCCGACAACCCCAACCUCUGGCACCUCAGGAAUCACAAUCUCCCUCGCCCUAGAAGCUACGCUCUCCUUCAAAAACCCGCCCUUCCUCGCCUCCCCAGAGGCACCAUCCUCCCAAACAAGAUUAAACAUCUGUGGUCCCUUGAGCUUAUACCCCGCAAUCAACUUCUUGUUCCCAUCUUCCACGUGUGUCCUCGGGCCGGGGAUGGUAAGCUUGAAAGGCUGAUCUGGGUGCGCCAUCGUCGCCCGGAUGGCUUGAUAUAACCAGCCUCCGGUCUCCUCAGGGGUAGCCACCCACGUGGCGGAGGUUUGGUCAGGGAAUCGGACUUUGAUUUCAACUCUGGUAACCUUGGCAAGUUUGGCAGCUUCUUCUACCUUGAUUGCGGCGAGCUCGGCGUCGGAUUUGAGGCGGGUGUUUUGGGCCUUUUGGAGGAGCUGUUGCUGGCGGAGCUGGGCAUGGGCAAUGGUUGGUUCGUAAGCUGAGUCGUCUUCUUGGAUGUUGACUGCUGCUGGGGUGGUGGAGGUGGGGGCGACGAAGACGGAGGUGGGGAGGAAGCGGUCAACAGGUUCGGAGGGUGGUGAUGUAGGCUGAGGCUGGGUUUCAUCGACAUCCAUGAGAUCCGCAGAAGGCUUCGUCUCUUCUUGCUCUGUGACUGCUGGGAUGGUUGUCUCGGUUGGUGGAAUGCUUGAUUCUAUGUUGCCUUCCACCUUUGGUUCCUCUACAACAUCAGUAGUACUGCUCUCCACCUUGGGCUCCUGUUGGACCGGCGCUGGUUUUGGCUCCUUUUCCUUUGGCUGAUCUGGCUCGACAUCCUUCAAGAACUGGCCGAUAUCGGACAUGGCCUCGAACAAGGUCUUUUCCGUGAGUUUGAAACUCAGCCGAAUGACCAUGCUGCCAGAGUUGAUGCCACAUUGUGACAAGGUCUUGUUGAGAUCUUCCAAAGCAGAGUACUCUCUCCCCAUGAUGUUGACAAUGGGGGCCUCGUGAUAAAGCUGACCGCCGUUCUGGGUGUCUUUUUUUGGAGUGGCUCUGCCCGUAAGGUUGAGCCCACUCUCUGAGCUCUCAAACUGGCGCAAUGUUUGCCAUAAUGUGAAGUCGUUGGGCAGCUUCUUUGUGAAACGUUUCCCAUCGACAUCGAGAGCUAUCGACACAACGGAUGCACUCUUUGACUUUUGAACGAGCUCCAGCUUCGCACCGGAAACCAGCCCUGAUGUGCGGAAGGGAGAUGUGAGAUCGACAAUCUUUUGUUUGUGCCUGUGAUACAUGUAAGCUGAUGAUGAGAUGUAUUGGAGAUUAACACAAGGAUCAACUCACUUGACAUCAUACUUGUCAGGGUUGACAUUCAGCUUCUUGCAAGCUUCAUUGAGGACAUCAACCAGCGGGGUAUCGAUAGGCAAGGCGCCUUGAGAGGUACAGUAGAGUAUCAAGUGAAUUGUCAAAUAGUCAAAGAGCCCGAAUACAACACAGCAAAGACCAAAGAUAUGAUAGUCGACCUUGUUUGUCUUGUCUUCGAUUCACCAGGCAGUGCUAUAACACGUAACUUGGCUGUCUAGACACAGUUGUAAUAAUCAAGUGGGGUGGUUCCUGGAGCUUCCAUCACCCACUGAACUGGAAGCUCUCCAGAGGGGCAAUUACAGCGCGCACGGGGCACAGCUGGAGGG